AUGCCAUUGUGUGAUUCUCCAUAUUCACGUCAUUUUAAUAUUUUAGCAUAUCACGGAGGAUGGAAUUUUUAUCCGGCGAAUCCUGAUAAAGCAUCGAUCAGAGCUUUACUCAUGCUUUUUUUUAACAUAAGUCGAUUUAUCGGUUUUAUUUUUUCCGUUGUAAAUUUCUUCAAAGUUUUCUACGAUUUGGAAAAAUUAAGUUGGAACGUUUGCGUGACCGCCAUUUAUUUUGGAACGUGUGGCAAAGACAUAAUCUUAUAUCAAAAUCAUAGGAUUUUAGAUCGGUUGAGAAGGAAAUUACAUAAAGACAUGUUAGCAAAUAUGGAUGAAGGACAAAGAAAUCAACAUAUAUCAUUUUGUAGGAAAGUUGGAGAAGGAAUGUACGACUUACCAUGGUAUUCAUUAAGCAUUGAAUUAAGAAAAGAUAUUUUGUUUAUUAUAUUAAAAUCUCAAAAACCACCACGGAUAAGUGCUGGAAAAAUCAUUGAAUUAAACAUGGAAACGUUUAGCGAGGCAACAAAAAAUAUGUACAGAUGGUUGGCAGUUUUUCGACAACUUGGAUUCACUUAG